AUGAGCCAGGAGGAGUGCGCCGAGAAGUGCAUUGGUAAGGUGCUAUAUAAAGGAUUUACGGCUAUCUAGGGAAUUUAUAGGUGGAGGGGUAUUUCUAAAGGGGACGUUGAUUGUUUAUGCUUAGAUUUGUAAGCUUUAGGCUUAUUUUUUUGUCAUUGAGUUUAGGUAAUGAGCCUACUAAGUCUAAGCCUACUAAGCCUAAGCCUACUAAGUCUAAGCCUACUAAGCCUAAACCUACUAAGCCUAAGCUUACUAAGCCUAAGCCUACUGAGCCUAAGCCAACUAAGCCUAAGCCAACUAAGCCUAAGUCAACUAAGCCUAAGCCAACUAAGCCUAAGUCUACUUAGCCUAAGCUUACUAAGUCUAAGCCAACUAGGCCUAGGCCAACUAAGCCUAAGCCUAUUAAGCCUAAGCCUACUAAGUUUAGGUUUACUAAGCUUAAACCUAUUAAGCCUAAGCUUACUAAGCCUAAGCCUACUAAGCCUAAGCUUACUAAGCCUAAGGCUACUAAGUCUAAGCCUACUAAGCCUAAGCCUACUAAGCCUAAGUCUACUAAGACUAAGCGUACUAUAAAUAUUGUUUCCAGGUCGAGACACCGUAAUCGCAGCGCCAACCAUGGAUCCGCCGAAAUUCGAAAACCCAUGUAGUACCGGAUUUCCGCUAGUAUCGGCACAAAAUGAGAUUUUACAGUGUAUGGAGUCAAGACCCUGUCCUCGAGGCUACUAUUGCCAUAUUGGUGGCAACGACAUUACUACUGUUUGCUGUCCUGCUAUUGGUGUGUUAGACUAACACAUAGUGUGAUAUUGAUUAAUCUUGUGGCUUUUUGUUAACAUUAUUAUUGGUUUUUUUGGUUUUGCUUUGGUGUGAUAUUGUAGUAGGGGCUUAGUGAAAUCUUGUUGGUACUAGUGGUACCAAAAACUAUAUUUUUUUGGGAUGGUACUACUGGUACUAAAAAAUUAAAUUUUUUAGUUUUGGUACUACUAGUACUGAAAAAAUUAAAAAAAUUUUUAAAUUUGAAAUUUUUUUGAAAAGUUUAAUUUUAUAACUCUUAACCUCAUUUCAGGAUCAGAUCCAUGUGGACAACCUCUUGAUUCCGGUACCGGAGGCAUGAGGCUGCAGCGAUGGUACUGGAACGCUCAAGCCGGUUGUUGUCAGAUGUUCAACUAUUGUGGACUGAGAGGAACUCAAAACAACUUUUUGAGCCGUGAAGAUUGUGAACAGACCUGUAUGGGUAAGUUAACACCAUUUUUUAGAUUUUGGGUUGUAUUAGAAAUGGCAUUUUUUGAAGAAAAAAUGACAGUUUUUUGGAUUUCACAGGGGAUUUUUUUGCCAUUUUUUGGAUUUUUAAAAUGAUUUUUAAAGGUUUUUUAAUUUUAAAAUGAUUUUUUAAAGAUUUUAUGAAAUUUUAUAUAUUGAUUUUGGUCAAAAAGUUUGAGGAAAAGCUCAUUAAACUUAAAAAAGACAGUUUUUUGGACUGUUUUUGCUUAUUUUUCGACUAAAAAAUGAAGAAAAUUUCACUUUUUCAAGUUUUUUUUGUUUUUUGAAGUGAUUUUUCAAUAUUAUGUGUGUCUUAACUUACUAACGUCUUCUUGACAGUGUGUCUAACAUGGACAAAAUUUAAAAAAUUUUUAAAAAAUUGAAAGAGACUGGCUAAUAAUGGCAAUAUAAAGGUAUCUGUGCAGUUAUUCACGGUGGUAUAGGGUCAUUUAUUACAUUGAACCAAAAGUAUCGGGAUAAUUUUCAUUUAUUUUUCAACUAAAAAGUGUCCCACUACUUUUGGUUUGACCUAAUAAGAUAACAAUGGGUUAAAUUGGCUAUAGGGUUCGGUAUAAAAUAACAAUAUGGUUAAUGGUCGGUAAAAUUAAUAAGGUGGUAGAGGGUUUUAUAUGUCACAAGGUGGUAAAUGUUGUAAAUGUAAUGGGUUUUUUAAUCGUAAUGCGAGCUUAUGCUGCUCAAUAAUACGAACUGACAAUAAUAAGGGUAUUGAGGUCGACAUAACAAUGGGAGUGAUAGUAGGAGGUUUUACAGAGGUUUUGAGAGGUUUUUUAUCAGUGACGUCGCUUGAAGUUUUGAAAGGUUGUAAUGGUUAUUUACAAAAUUUUUUUUGAAAAAAAUUUGAAAAAUUAAAAAAAAAUUUUGAAAUUUUUGAAAUUUUUUGAAAUUUUUACCAAACAUUCGAAAACCUCAAAAUUUAGAAUACGACUCCCCAUGUGCCGGGGGUCAACCGGAAAUGCUGUCCCCAAAUCGACCGAAGCAAUGUGGUCUAUUCAAUUCCUGUUCCCCAAAUUAUUGGUGUCAUAUGGGUGCGAAACCCCAAACCACUGUAUGCUGCCCCAAUCGGGUACCCCCCGCACAGGUAUGCCGCUUGCCGAUGGUUUGUGGGCGCGGUAAUGCGAAUCUACAACGCUGGUACUACGAUGUGAAUAGGGGAUGCUGUGUUAUGUUCGUUUAUAACGGAAAGUACGGGAAUCAGAACAAUUUUCUGACACUGCAGGAUUGUCAGAAGGCGUGUGUUGGUAAGGAGGGGCGUAGGAAUUGAAAAAAUAUGGCAUGAAGAUUAAAAAAAUGUGGGUGGCUUAGGGGGAGAAUUGGUCUAAUAUUAUGUUAGGCUUGGAUUUUAGGGUAAAAAUAAGAAAAGUCUGAAGUAGUCGAGCUAUAAAAAUUUAAAAUUUAGCCCAAAAACCAUAUUAACAUUGGAAUUCGUCUCAAUGAGGACAAGCUACAGAAAAAAAAUAAAAAAUUAUUUUUUUGAGGUUAGGUAAUACCAAUUGGACGUGAUAACAUGCACAGAAACCUAAAAAACACUUUCAAACCCUCAAAAAAUUGGUCUAAAAUACGAUUUUGACAAUUUUUAAACCUACACACUUUAAAAAGAAUAAAAAGUUAACAAAAGCCCCACACCAAUACGAAUAACUCACACUAAACCCAACUAACACAACUAAACAAUUCCAGACCAAACUAACAAAAACCAACUCCAAAUAAUAACCCCUCUACCACAAAUAACCACUCCAAACUCACUAAUAUCUACCACGCCAAUCCCGUGGAAAAACCACUGCCCCCAAGGCGAACCCUUGCUCGAGAAGCUGGUCACACAAAAUGGUACUACCUUAGCCAUACGACCAAUAAAAUGCACCUACGAAAACGACCGAGAAGUUUGUGGUGAAGCACAUUGGUGUUUCUUGGGCGUGACGGCCGAUGAAAACAUGUGUUGUUCGGGGGAAAGUCGACAAGAAUCGGCCUGUUCAGGAAUGGCACUACUUGAUAGUGGCGCUGUUUAUGAAGGAGAGAAACCGGUGCUACGGUGGAUGUACGAUGUGAAGACGAAUGAGUGUUUUGCGUUUGGAUUCAAAGGCUCUAAAGGCAAUCAGAACAACUUUUUGACCGAGGAAGAGUGCUUGGCCAUGUGUCAAGGUGGCUUUUACUAACAAUUUUUUUAUUUUUGUGAUUUGUAUUAACUUAAAAUUUGAAAUAUUUGGUUUUUGAGGUACUAAAGAGGCUAGAAAAACAAGUAUUUUAAUUUUUUUUAUAAAUUUGAUCUUAUCAUAACUAUAGAGGAAGGCUAUAACAAUUUCAAAGGAAAACAAGAGGGACCUUUUCAUAACAAUUGCCUUUCAGCAAUCAACCCCUGCAAGCUCCCAGUCCCGCUGCCGCUAGAGCAAUGCAUCCCAGGCCCCAACGCCUGUGCGGCCCGCCCAAACAUGUACUGUCAUGUAGGCGCAGUACCUCAAACAACAGUCUGUUGCCCGGCCGAAACCCCAAAUCCAUGUGAACUACCACUGGACCCGGGUCUAGGCCGUGACAAGCUGGAGCGUUGGUUUUACAACGCUCAAUCCGCCAUCUGCCAACCCUUCACCUACAACGGUAUCAAGGGCAACCAAAACAACUUUUUGUCGCAACUCGAAUGCGAAGAACUUUGUGUACCAAACCCCUGUGCGGAAGGUAGACCAUUCGUUGGUGCUGAUGGUCGACCACAAACCUGUUCGCCAAGUGCGAGCAUGAACACUUGUCCAGCUGACCAUUGGUGUCAUGUUGGAGCAACACCGGUUACUACAGUGUGUUGUCCGGCUGCAAGACCUAACCCAUGUAACUUGCCAAUGUCAACUGGCGAAGGUGAUGCCUCGUUGGAGCGAUGGUACUAUGAGCCGGCUUCGAAAACGUGCAAACCGUUCGAGUAUAGAGGGUUGAAGGGUAAUCAGAACAAUUAUUUGUCACAGAGAGCUUGUCAGUUGGCUUGCCAACCCUUGGACAACCCUUGUAUUGGCCAGCCGGCUACAACUCCUUCUGGUCAGGUGUUGUUCUGCUCGGCUACGAAUAAGGACACGUGCCCAGUUAACUUUUGGUGCCAUUUGGGUUCGACUCCCGAAACUACUGUUUGUUGUCCUGGAGGUAAGCUAUAAAUACUGUAGAGAAGACAGUGUUUUACAUUUUGUAUGCUUUAUAUUAUUAAGAAAAGUAUCAUAACAAAAAGAAAAGAUUGAAACACAGAAAAGAAUUAAAAAAAAAAGAAAUAGAAUAAGAAUAGAAAUCGAAUAAAAAAAAGCAAAUCAAGAUAAAAAACCCAAUUUUAGCAACCAACCCAUGCUCAGUCCCACUAGCCCCAGGCACUGGAAAUAGUGGUUUGUCUAGGUGGUACUACAACACAGACGAACGUCAAUGUAUUCCAUUCCAAUAUAAUGGAAAACGUGGCAAUCAAAACAACUUUUUGAGUCAAACUGAGUGCGAACGAACUUGUCCUGGUAAGGAAGGCUUGUUAUAACAUUUGGUAGUGGUAUUAUAGUACUGAUGUAAAACAAUGUAAAAAGGAGCUUUCUGGUUACAGUAUAGUACUUUAAGCUUACACUUAGUCAUUUUGAAGGCUGUUUAAUAACUUUAAAACUAUUCACUAUGAAAAUUAAAAUCAAUAUAAGACAAAUGCUUAUGGUAAAGCAUAACACUCACUUUACAGAACAACUAUGUCUAUUAUCGAUUGACAAAGGCGCUUGUUCUGGUCGACAAACACGCUUCGCUUUCAAUCGACAAACGGUAUGUUUCGAACAUCAAAUUAGAAGCUAUAUUAGACUACAACUAAUAACAACAAUUAGAAGGCUUUCAUUAACCAAUGAUUCAUGAAAAGAGGUGUUAUUUAAUAUUAGGUUGUCCGAAUAUGGAUGAGCCGCUCAAAGUGCCAAACUUUUACCAUUUAUUAGGACAAUGUGAUUGAAUGAUACAAUAAAAUAGCUUUAGAGAAAAUGCAAGAGAAAUCGUAAAACACUGCUUUCAGAGUCAAUGUGUUCCGUUUGAAUACACCGGCUGCGGUGGCAACUUGAACAACUUUUUGACGAUGGAAGACUGUGUGGCUACGUGCGGCAAUGUUGGCUUUUAA